GCAGGAGCAGAGAUGAUGUGAAUCCUGUGUGAGCGGGAGAACUCGGCCCUCCAGCUCACCUCCAGACGGUUGUCCAUGCUUAGAUGACCUGGAUUUAAACUGAACAUGAAGACAAUGUGGAGCCGGACCACCAUGGUGGUGAUGAUGAUUUUGAUGGGACUUUGCUGCUCAGGUGUGGGUGGAGCCUCAGAGCUGGCCUUCCUUAAAGAACCCAGUGAUGUCAUUGCGGUGAGGGACCACCCCCUGACGUUGGACUGUCAGGUUCAGGGGGAAGGGCCCAUUUCCAUCACCUGGAGGCGGAAUGGUGUUCCCGUGGCCACCGGUACCAGGGCGACGGUCCUCAGCAACGGCACGCUGCUCAUUAGAAACUUCUCCAAGAGGCGAGAGCACAAUGAGACGGACGCUGGGGAGUACGACUGCGCCGCACAGAACCGCUAUGGCAUGUUGAUUAGCCGCAAGGCCCGGGUCCAGUUUGCAUCCCUCCCUAAAUUUGUGUCUCACCCAGAGUCUGUUGCUGUGGAUGAAGGGGGAGUGGCCAGACUCACCUGUCAGGUCAAUGGAAUCCCAGAGGCCAACAUCACCUGGCAGAGAGACCGACUCCCACUGAGCAUCGACGACCCCAGGUACACCCUGCUUCCUAAUGGUGUACUCCAGAUCACCGGCGUUCGACGAACAGACAGCGGGUUGUUUCGCUGCAUCGCCUCAAAUAUCGCCAACACUCGAUACAGCCACGAGGCCCAGCUGUCUGUCACUGUUGCAGGAUCCAGAAUCUACCGGGAGCCCGUCAUCCUGUCCGGCCCUCAGAACCUCACCAUCAACGUCCACCAGACUGCCAUCUUGGAGUGCAUCGCCACAGGAAAUCCCCGCCCCAUUGUGUCCUGGAGUCGCCUUGAUGGGCGGUCCAUCGGGGUCGAGGGGGUCCAGGUUUUGGGAACAGGAAACCUGAUGAUCUCUGAUGCGACUCUGCAGCAUUCAGGAGUGUAUGUGUGUUCAGCAAAUCGACCGGGCAGCAGAUCCAGAAGAACCGCGCUCGGACGCCUCGUAGUCCAAGCUCCUCCAGAGUUCGUGCAGUGGCCUCAGUCUGUCUCCAGACCAGCAGGGGGCAGCACAGUCUUCAGCUGCACAGCAUCUGGCGUGCCUGAACCGCACCUUAUCUGGCUGAAGAAUGGCAAACUGCUGACACCCAGCGGCAACGUCAAGCUCACUAACGGGAACACGACGCUGGCCAUCACUCGAAUCACCCCCGAGGACGAGGCCAUCUAUCAGUGCAUCGCUGAGAACAGUGCUGGUACCAACCAGGCUAGCGCUCGCCUCGCCAUCAGCCAGGGGCCCGAGCUACCUGAGGCCCCCUUGGGCCUCCAGGCUGCGGCCCUCAGCUCCAGUAGCCUGCAGCUGAGCUGGCAGGAGCCACCGGAGCACGUGAGCCAGCAGAUCAUUGGAUAUGUGCUGCACAUCAGACGCCUCGGGGAGCCAGACAGCGCAGAGCUGCAGGAGGCUAUCGGUAAAACAACCUUUAGACAUGAGGUCAACAACCUGGAAGCAGCCACUACCUACUCCAUCUACCUGAAGGCUUAUUCCGCUCUGGGGGCCAGCCAGCAGUCCGACACCAUCACGACCACCACGCUGGGCGGAGUUCCCAGUUCUCCCAGUUUCUUCACUAAAGUCCUGAACCAGACUACCAUGCAGGUAUACUGGGAGCUGCCCAGUAAGCCGGGGCAGCUGGAGGGCUUCAAACUGGAGUACCGCGGGGUUACAAACCCAGACAUCCAGGGGCAGGACACCUUCCCAGGACACAUCAACACCCACACCAUCUCCCACCUGGAGCCGGCGGCCGUGUAUGAGAUCCAGCUGGUGGCGUUUAACGGAAACGGAGACAGUCCAUCCAACCGCCGCCUUGUGUCUCUGACUGAGGGACAAAACACUGCAGCAACUGGGCCGAGCUGUAACUGUGACCAGUCUGAAGGGUCGAUGCUGCUCGUUGUCCUCCACAGUGGCCUCGCCUGUAUCCUCUGUUGCCUGCUCUUCAUCCUGCUGGGAUACAGACGCAGUUUGUUCUGCAGGAAGGUGGAAAGCUGGGAGGCUCCGCCCACCCUUAAUGGUGUUAGGUGUCCUAAAGGUUACACACCUGAGACCAUCGAACUCAGCCAGCGAUGUGACUCCACCCCUGCCCCAGUGAUGGUCAUGGUUGAACCGACUCUACCUGUCCAGCCUGGCACAGGCACUAGAUAAAACACCAUAGCUACAACUACCUUCCUUGUCUUCUUCCUUCUUCCUCCUCCUCCUCCUCCUGGACUCCAGCCUCCUCUCCUCCUUAUUGCCUUACAGCCACAGCAGCCUUUAGGAAUGACUAAGAUUAGAGUUUAUAAGAGAUUUUUGUCUCAGGAGCAUCCAGAGAGCAUCUGAUACCACAGGGGACCAAAAACUGCACACCGUCUCAGAAACCUUCAUGGCACCACCGUUCAGAUAACCACCUGCUUUCGACCUUUGAGACAAAUGUAGGUCACUUGAGUCCCGUUGUUCCUGUGUGGUAUCAGAUGCUGACAUACCGUUCUGAUGCAUCCUGUUGAAACCAAAAUCUCUUUUUCAGUUAGUGGUCAUUUUGAAUUUGUCACUGUCGGUGCCAAAUUUCUUGAGACGAUGAGGCCUUCCACCGGUCUGACCAGAGACCGGGCCUCAGAGGAUCCAGCGUUGGAUCACUGUGCUCCCACCUGAGCAGGUGGUUCACCUAUUGUUAGACGGUCCUCUAAGGGCCACAGCCAAAGGGACUUAUUAUUUCUCUGGUCAGCAGGUGACUGUAGAGGAUGUUAACUCUCCUCUGCACUGCUUUAGCUUUUUAAUGGUUGUUU